GUAAUUAUUACAUCACUUGAACAAGUUCAAAAACAACUCCUAAAAAUGUCAAUCAAACCUUUGAUUAAACACCUCUCAUUGACCUUACUCAUCAUCUUCUUCUUUCUUCUGACUUUGCAUGUAGGCUCAGCCAGGGGAAGAGAUUUUGGUUGUGAAGAUGAAGAUUUCUCAGGUUGUAGUGGUGGUGGUUUUGCUCCUUUGGUGAAGAAAGGGCAUAGGAAGGUAUUAGUUGAAAAUGAAUAUGGUCAAAUCUCAGCCAUUGAAAUCUGUGAUGGGAUUAAAGGACCUUACAAUAUCCACUUCUUUACUUUGGAGCCUAAUUCCUUGCUUCUUCCAGCUCUUCUCCAUGCUCAGAUGGUGUUUUAUGUUCACACAGGAAGUGGAAGUUUGAGUUGGGUUAAUGAAGAAGAGAACAGAAGUGUGAAUUUGAAGAGAGGAGACAUAUUCAGACUUGACCCUGGUUCUGUAUUUUAUGUACAAAGUGACUUAGAGACUAAACGUGAAAGCCUAAGGAUUUAUGCCAUCUUUCCCAAUUCAGAUGAUGAGGACUCAAUUGAGCCAUCAAUUGGGGCAUAUUCAACCAUUAGGAACUUGGUCAGUGGCUUUGACAAGAUAACACUUCAGCAAGCUUUCCAGGCUUCUGAAGAAUUAAUAGAAUCAAUAACAAGUGCAACUGAAAUACAACCAAUAGUUCAUGCCAUCUCAACAGAGAAAGAAAGAAAGAAAAAAGGCUUAUGGGAAAUUGAAGCUAGAUUCCUAAAAGCCUUUAUUGGAGGAAAAGAAGAGACGAUGAUGAUAUCAAUGAACAAGAAGAAGAAGAAACAACAAGAAACAAAAGCCUUUAAUAUCCUUGAAGCAAAACCUGAUUUUGAGAACUGCAACGGUAGGAGUCUUACAGUUACAAGGAAAAAAGCUGGUCAUCUUUUAAAGGGUACCAACAUUGGCCUCUUUAUGGUAAAUUUGACCAAGGGUUCAAUGAUGGGGCCUCACUGGAAUCCAAGAGCAACUGAGAUUGCAGUGGUGUUGAAAGGAGAAGGAAUGGUUCGAGUGGUUUGUUCAAGCAAGAAAAGUAUAGGGAAAUCAGAGUGCAAAAACAUGAGGUUUAGGGUCAAGGAAGGUGAUGUUUUUGCUGUGCCCAAGUUCCACCCCAUGGCUCAGAUGUCAUUCAACAAUGAUUCAUUUAUUUUCAUGGGGUUUAGCACAGCAAGAAAGAACAAUCAUCCUCAGUUUUUGGCAGGGAAGCAGUCAGUCCUACAAUCCCUUGACAGAGAUGUUUUGGCAUUGUCCUUUAAUGUUGGGAAUUCGACCAUUGACCAACUUUUGGCUCCACAGGGUGAUUCCAUCAUACUUGAUUGUACUUCUUGUGCUGAGGAAGAGGAAAGAAUGAUGAAGGAAGAAAUUGAGAAAGAAAAAGAAGAAGAAGAAAGGAGGAAGAGGGAGGAGGAAGCUAAGAAGAGAGAGGAAGAAGAGGAAAAAAGAAGGGAGGAGGAAGAGGAGAGAAAGAAAAGAGAGGAAGAGGAGGCAAGGAAGAGGGAGGAAGAGGAGGAGAGGAAGAGAAAAGAAGAAGAGGAAAGGAAGAGGGAGGAAGAGGAGGCAAGAAAGAGGAGGGAGGAAGAAGAGCAAAGGAAGAGAGAAGAAGAAGAAGAGGAGGAAAGGAAGAGGGAGGAAGAGGAGGCAAGAAAGAGGGAGGAAGAAGAGGAAAGGAAGAGAGAAGAAGAAGAAGAGGAGGAAAGGAAGAGAGAGGAAGAGGAGGCAAGAAAGAGGGAGGAAGAAGAGGAAAGGAAGAGAGAAGAGGAGGAGGAAAAGCAAAGGGAGGAAGAUGAAGCUAGGAAAAGAGAGGAAGAGGAGGCACGAAAGAGAGAGGAAGAGGAGGCGAGACAGAAGGAGGAAGAAGAGGAAAGAAAGAGAGAAGAAGAAGAGGCAAGACAGAGGGAGGAAGAGAAGGAAAGAAAGAGAGAAGAAGAUGAAAGGAAAAGAGAGGAAGAGGAAGAAAUAGAAAGGGAGCAAGAGGCGGCUCGGAGAGAAGAAGAAGAAAGACAUAGGAAACAAGAGGAAGAGGAAGCAAGAAAAAGAGAAGAAGAAGAGAUGGAGAGGGAGCAGGAGGAGGCUGAGAGACACAGAAAACAUGAGGAGAAAGAAGAAAGGAGACAAGAGGAAGAGAGACAAAGACAAGAAGAAGAAGAAGAGAGGGAAAGGCAAAUAGAGGAAGCUAGAAGGCGACAAGAAGAUAGAGAAAAAGAGAGACAAGCAGAUAGAGAAACAAAAAAACAACAGCCAGAAAAGGAAGCUGGCAGAGAACCAGAGGAUCAUGAUACAAAAACCACAAUGGACAAGAAAGAGAAGCAAGGUGCUGCCGGAGUUGAAAAUGGAAAAUCUUAUCCGAAAUUGAGAGCCGUCUGAUCCAUAUGACAGAAGCUGCUUUUACUAGUUUGUUCUGCAAGACUAAACAGUGCAACAUAAAUAAUUGCAUCCCUACAGCUCUACUUUUCCUAAGUUUAUUGUUGAUAGUAAGCUAUAUGACUAUGUUUUAACCCUUAUUUAUGAGUUUAUGUUUAUGUUUAUCACUGUAAUAAUAAGUGAUUAUUUUUCAA